AUGAUGUAUGAGGAAAUGGGUUCUAUGACUGAUGAUGUUCAGCGACGCUGCUCGCUUCCCUCUCUGAAAUCAACCACUUCCGCUAUGAGUGGUUCUGACCUGGGUGAGGAUCGCCGUCUGCCUCCCCUCCCCCGCGUGGACCCAUUGCCCCGCGGUCCUUUCAACUUGAACCCCUUCCAUGUCAAGGAAGCCUUCCCUCCCAGCACCCCGGGCCCGCAAGACUCGUUCCAGUUCAAGUCACCAUGGUCCGGCAGCGAGUCCCUUCUGGCUCCUCCUUCCCCAGCCAACUCUGCCGAAAGCUCCUGGCAAGAGCCCUUCGUUGCCCAGAAAGCCGCCUCGACCGAGUGGCCUAAUGAUCUUUCCCAGACGGAGAUCAUGGCACUGAUCGCCCCAAAGAACAUCAACCGCAAACAGCCUCUCCAGCAGCUAUGCGGCCGCAAGCGCAAGGGCAGCACCACAUCUCCCGACCCCGAUGACCAGCGGGAGAAGCACCGAAUCGCAGAGGGCAACCGUCGCAAGAAUCUCAGCCAGCUACACCGCGAGCUGGACAGCCGCAUCCACGACUUCUUCCUGGAGCGCGCAGGCUGGAACCCAUCCAAAAGCCUAACCCAAUCUAAAGAGCACAUUGUUCAAGGCGCAGUCUACCUCAUCGACUUCAUGCUAGCAAUAAUCGUACACCUCAUCCGCCAGGAACAGGUCACUCCACAACUAUCUGAGAAACUGCAGCCCCAAGUCCGCUGCAUGCAGCUCCAGCAGCUAGUCACAUCUCUUCAGCAACAAAAUCAAACAACGCAACAGCAGCUCCGCGCCGCCAAAGCCGAGAAUGAGCUCCUAGCAGACCGCAACCGCGCCCUCGAGUUCCAGCUCAAGUCCUACGAGGCCAUGUUCCGCUCCCCAAAGUCUGAGAACACCAGCCCCAGACCCCUAGUCGAUGUCCCCGAGCACAAGCGCCAGAAGAAAGGUGGCCUCCCAGGCCUCCGCGUCUUCUGUGAUGAAAUCGGUGCCUCCGAGCCCACUACUACUACUACCUACCAUGACAACCUCCACAGUGCCACUUCUCAAACCUUCGGCACUUCCUACCUCACCUCCACACCACCUGUCACUGGCCCCUCAUCCCCAGCUUUCUUCCCUUCGCAAUCUUUUACCUAUCCCCCUUCGCGACGCCACUCCCUGAUCCCGUCGCCAUAA